AUGAUAAUAAUUAUUAUUACCAAUUAUUUUAUUUCCGGUUGGUAUGACGUCAAUCGUGGUCGUUAUAGUAACCACCGUAGAUCUGCACGUGUACGUGUUUGGGAUUGCGCGGCCAAUUUUGUGAGUCGUUCAUUUCUACAUUCCAUCCGUCUUUCUGAAACUGAGAAAGGAGACUGGGAGAGCUCAAAUAGCCACGAAAUGGAAGACAUGGACAUCCCUGAUCUUGUAGAUAUGGCCAAGCUUGCAGAGCAUGCAGAAAGAUUUGAAGAUAUGGCUAAAUAUAUGAAGAGCAAAGUACAGAAGGACAGUAAUUUAAGCAUGGACGAAAGGAGCCUUCUUUCUGUUGCUUUCAAGAACGUUAUAGGGUCCAGAAGGGCGUCAUGGAGGACAUUACAAGUACAAGAGUCUAAAACCGAAGAGGGUAAAACAAAAGGAGCUAUCCCUCUCGAGAUUACAAAAGAGUACAAGAAGAAGGUAGAAACAGAGCUAACGGAAAUAAUAGACGAAGUGAUUGAGCUCCUGGACUCGAAGCUAAUAUUAAAAAAAGCUAACGAUGAGAUAACUGAUGAGAAGGAAAUUGAGACCCAGAUAUUUUAUUACAAGAUGAAAGGUGAUUACUGCCGCUAUAAAGCUGAGUAUGAUAAGGAAAACGAUAAGAUUGUAAGCGAUGGUGAGGCUGCUUACGAGAAAGCGCUAGAAUUAGCAGAGAAGCUCCCGUCCACCAAUCCAACCAGUCUUGGUCUUGCACUUAAUUAUUCCGUCUUCUUUUAUGAAAUAAAAAAUGAUGGUGCCAAGGCCUGCUCUAUAGCCAAAAAAGCUUUUGAUGACGCUGUCAAGGAUCUUGAUAAUGCUGCCACAGAAAGCACUUACAAGGACAGCACUUUGAUUAUGCAGCUGCUUAGGGACAAUUUGACCCUUUGGACCAGCGAAGCUGAGGAAGAUGAUCAACAAGAUGCUGAAAGAGAUUAGCUCCACUUACAAUAAUAAUUA